AUGGACUCCAGGAUAGCUCUAUGUUUCCUGCUUUUCGCCUUUCAAGUUUCUUGUAGUGAAGUAGACAUUAUAACAGAACCGCGUCCAGGAGAAGAAUAUGUUUUAGUAAGUUCUGGACAGCAAACACCUUUAAGAAACUUUGAAACUUCACAUAAAAUCCCUGAAAAACAUCCCAACCACAGAUUAACAAAACCUGACGAAGGUGAAAAGAUUUUUAAAAAGUUACACUCUGGAAAAACUAAACAUCCUACUGAAGGUAUUAUAUCUAUAGAAGAGGAUAAAAAAGCUCUAUUAAAAAAAGGACAAAAGGGCAAAGCUUCUGAGUCAAUUGAAGUAGAUAUCCCUGUUUCUAAAUUAGAAGAUAUAAAAAUUAAAGAAAAUAUAAAGGCUUCAGAUAUUCACCCGAAAUUAGCAGUUGCGUUAGAAACUAUGUCUGAUUCAGGAAAAUUAAGCGAUAUUGAUGGAACUACUACUCAAAAACCAGUCUUAACUACGUCAGCACCUUCCGCAGCUCCAACUUACGACUACAUUCCUAUUAAUUUUGAUACUAUUGACGAUAUUAACAGUGGGUUACUUUCAUCGAAUGUCAAAUUAGAAACAGCUGGUUCUGAACAAAAACAACAUUCAAGAAUUCAAGUUAAAAAAGGUCCCAAUGGUCAAGAUUAUGAAUAUGAGUAUAUUUACUACUACUAUGAUGAGGACGAAGAAGGUAAAAAAGAAAACAAAGCCAAAGCUCCUUUGAGUACUGAGGCGCCUAUUACAAAUUCCCAUGAUGGACCACAAAAAAUUGAAAGUGAAAAUCAAAUAGCAAAAGAAGUUAAACCAAAGAGUAAAUACAGUACAAUAGAUAGAUCAAGCGCAACUACAGCCGCAGCCCCAGAAGCUCACAAUGAGGUCUACACGGCUUCAGGUAGAUCAAGGUCACGAGGACGCACCAUUGCGCCAGUAUCCGUUGAAGAAGAACCUCGCGAAGAGAGGCUGCCAUCCAGUACACGAUUUCCUCCCCGUGGUCGUAAUUUGGCCGCUUCAAGCACUACUACGUAUGUUCCUGAAGUAUCAUCAGAAACAAUAAGACAUCGUGGUCGCUCUCAGGUUGACAAUGUCGCUGACGAGUCGAUCGGUCAAACUAGAAGUAGAACACGCGCUCAUAUCAGGCGUCCAAGUUCUGAAUUAGUAGAUCUUGACAGUUUUAAGACUAACUCGGGUGAUAUCCCAUCACAAUAUAAAGAGCCCCCAACAAGAUAUUCAUCAGAAAGUAAAACAACUACAGAAACGGCAGAAGAUUCUGCAUCUGCUAGUGAAUCAUCGCAUUCUAAAGAAAGCCACAGAGAAGGACACAGUCUACCGAGCGGAAUUAAAUUCCAAGAAGUUCAAGAUGAAUCUAAAUUGCCAUCUGAUUACAAGCAAACUACAACUUCCGAACAAGACGCUACCGAGUACACUACAAUGACAGCAAUGGAGAAAGUUGCUUUAGACUUGUACGCGUAUUUAGCCGGGGAAAACUUAAAUAACGAAAUUAGCCCAGCUGGAGACUUGAUGAGUUUUGAAGCAUCAACUACUGUCGAUGAAGAUGCUUGGACAACUGAAUUGGUUAGCACGACGGAAGAAGAAACCACCCCGACAAGUACGACAACAACCACUACAACGACCACAACAACGACGACCACUACGACCACACCAGCGCCCACGACAACUACCACAGCAGCACCAACCCGCCCUUCAAGGUUUAAGGGUCGCCCUGGAGCAAGGGCCCGCGCACCUGCUUCUACUAGCGCCGCCACGGAAGCCCCUCAAGAAACCUCUACGAGAGUUCGAGGUCGUUUCGGUAAGCCCAGUAAUGGUAUCAAGAAGACAACGGCAGCUGCAGUCGAAGCACCUACCACUCCCGCCCCAGUCGAGAAGCCAGCGCAACCAAAGCAGGCGUUUGGACGCCGCGGACUGUUCGCGGGCCGGACUCGUUCCAGCUCCACUGUCACUGUUGCGCCGGCCUCAGAUGCUGUAAGCAGCUCUCCCAGUGUCGAAGCAGCCACUCCCAGAGCUCGUCUUCGCCCCGGCUUAAGAGGACGAGUUGCUUCUUCAAGCACAGCAGCGCCAUCGUCUGGUGAGGAGACCGAGACUGCCGCCCCCGCAGCUAGUCAGAGUGCAUCUUCAGCAGAAGUAGUAGAAACUACGCCCACUCCUUCUAGAAGUAUUGGCCGUAAACCUGGUGGUGCCAGACCAGUAUCGCUUCGACCUGGGCCAAGGCUAAAUAUAAGACCAAAUCCCCGUUUAAGGCCGGGAGUAGCUAGUGUAGCGCCCACGGAGACUGCUUCGGAAGUCCCCGCUGAAACCUCAGCCCCCGAAGCUCCUGCGACGGAAGCGGAAAAUGAGGGCUCCUCGCCUACACCUGCACCUGAGCAGCCUCGCGGUGUGUUGAAGCUACGUAACCGCCUACAGGUGUCUCCCUCGCCCAAGCCACGCGUGGCCGUCACCCCGCCGGCCCGUCGUCCUAAUCCCUUGUUGAAGAAGAGGUUGCCUGCCGCUGAGGCCACUACUGAGGCACCAAAGAAGUCAACAGAGUCGGUAGAAGAGGAUACCAGCGAGGAAAAAAGCGAAGUUGAGACGGAGACGGAGGCGCAAGCCACGGAGACCACGGCGGCCCCGCCUCUGCGCGGACUGGACGCCCUUAUCGCUCGAAGACGCGCGGCCGGCGUGGGCAAUCGCCCCGCCCGCCCUUCACGAGGCGCCUUCUUCCCAAAA